AUGUGUAGUAAGUCAGUUUGGGAUGGCCACUACCAUGGGUAUAGCAGAGGGCUGAGUACAUCAGCUUCAAAAUGGAGAAAAGAGGAGACGGCACAGAGUGAAGGGACAAGCACAGGCCAAGAUGCUUUUGAAUCGGAGAGCUCUUCUGAGGAAGACUAUGAGGCAGGGGAAGACCAACUUCGUGCAGAGAUCCUGAAUGCUGCUAUGCCUUUUAUAUACUCCCAUGGGUGGUCCCAGGAAGCCAUUGCUCAGGGAGCUGAGACACUUGGCUAUUCUGGUAUGGCACAUGGGAUGUUCCCCAAAGGGGGUGUGGAGCUUGUCAAUCACUUCUAUACCACAUGCAACAACAAACUAGAAGAAAACCUGGCAGCCAAGGCAAAGGAGAUUGAAAAUAAUCCAGAACUGUGCUGUUAG